CAGAAAGCCCUGAAGGAGAAUGACUGACCUUUGACCUUAAACAGUUCAUUCAUACUGAAAAACCCUCAAAAGUCAAAAUCAAGGUCAAAUUUUUUCUAUGGCACAUUUCCAGCAGCUCUAGCUGCUCCGGAGUGCUGCACAGGACUGAAGACACAAGCACUAACACAACAUCAAUAAAAGGGGUCAAAUAGUAGAAUUAGAUAUGUGAGUACAAAAAUAUGGUGGAAUUAAAACACUUCUGUAAAGAAAUGUGGAAGAAAAUUCAUGCAGAGCGAUGUGAGCGACUCAUCACCAGAUGUCACGGUUGUUACCUUCAAGAGUGUUAAAACCAUUUUUUACAUUUUUGGGUCACAGAAUGAUGUUGGUGUCAAAUGAAACAAUCAUGAAAGCUAUUUUAUAUUUAAUUACGCACAAAAAUGCAAAGAGAUGAAAUCAGAGGAACGUGAAACAGCUGCAACUGUGAGUCGCAGUGAAAGGCAUCGUUGACCAAAGCCUUGUGGCCUCUUCUCGGUAAUGCUUCAGCUGGAGCAGGACUGUGAACGCCAGCCUGUGACCAGACAGACCACACUCACACUUCCCAGGAUCCAGUGAGCCAGAUCGGACGGGACACCAGAGUGGGAGUGAAGGAAUGGAGAGAAUGGCAUCUGUGUGCCCACUCCUCAGCCCGAACCCGUCUGGUUUGAGCUCUCAGUGUGACAACAACAGAAGCAGAGCCUCGGCCAGCAGGUUUGACGUUCUCUCCUAUUCUAAAAAUAAAUCUUUGCAUUAUUAUUGUGGUUCUUCUUUUACCAGAAGUAUUGCUGCAUACGUUUCCAUUUUUUGCAACUUUUUCUUUCUGAUCUGCAACAUAUUUUUGCAGCGGUUUGAUUCAUAAUCACACCGGUGGUUAGGUUGGGCUGCAGGGUGGCACAGCUGUUGUCGAGGUUUGUGGAAAUGUGAGAUUUGCAUAAACAGCCGGAUUCUUGUUCCUUUCUUCCUUUUCAUGUUCUUCCACCCUGCUUGCAUAGACCAAAAUGAGCGCUUUUCAUCGCCCGACACCUUUGAUGACAGGUGUAUCUCCGUCCUGCAGACAAACAAGCGAACCUCCUCGGUCUCUGUCCUCUCCUCUGAUCAGAAAAAAAGCCAUUCAGAUCUCCUCGUUUGAUGAGAAGGGGCUCAUCCCUGAAAAACACAGCUCUAAACCAUCAGCAGUUGACAAAUCUUUAGAUUUAGUUUCCUCCAAGACGUCUGGACGGCUCUGGUGGAGCAAAGCAUGUCAGAGAAAGCACAGAGAAGGAGUUUCAUCUCCUCCAAGGACAAACUCAAAAGCACUCCGCUCUCAGACUUUCUCAGCGAAGCCCGACAUCUGCAUUUCUCCUGCCCCUGAGCCAAAUCCUCCUCCUGCAAUCCUCACUCUCAAAUCAAAGCCAAGCGACUCACUUCCUCUUCACGCCUCGCAGCUGAGUGAUUUCUACCCAAUACAGCUCCAGCCUGAUCCAAAGCCAAGCAUGUCUCCAGCUCUAACUGUCCCAGUCCCCAGGCGGAGCCCAUCUCCAUCACCCCACAGCCAAAACUAUAGCACAAGCCAACAAAAUGAGAGGCAGCCUUCCCCCUUUGCUGAAGAAAGACGUGCAAGGUCAAUUUCGAUUUCAAACACUAAAAUGACGACUUCAGAUCAGGAGAAGCAUGAAGUUCUUGACCAAAGAGCUUUAAUGGACUUCACUCAUCCUGGGCUGAGAAGAGUCAGUCAAACGAGAGAGUUUAAACAUCAGACUGAGUCCUUCAGGCUCCCGGUGGUGCCGCCGAUUUCCUGCUCACAGCAAAAGAAAAUCAAACCUAAUACAAAUGAAAAUACUCCAGAAAAUAAGCCAAGAAGUCCACACGGAAACUUAAAUCUCACGAGUAACCCAGAGCCAGGCGUCCAGCGUCAGCAGAGAAAAGAGAGUGUUGCUAUCCUCAUCGCUUCACCAAACCUUCAGCGUAAAUCUGCAGACUCUCAGUCCUCAGAUCUUUCGUCCAUUCACGGAUCGUUAGAGCAAAUGCAUUCUGGGAAAAUAUCCACUGUACCAGUGGUGUCUAAUGCAUCCUGCUCCACUGAGCCUCUUUCAGUCAGAAGUGAAGCAAGGGGAAGACGAUUUGACUCGCACAAAGAAGUAAGUGAGGAUAAAACUCUUCCAUCUGGCUCUUUUUACACAAGACCACAAGAAGAAGUGUUCCUGGGAAGCUCGUGCAAAUUCCUUCACCAAGCCGGUUCAUCUCAGAACAUCACACCCCCUGAGAGACGCAGAUUCCCAUCAAAGACCCAGAGUCAGGCUGCCUGGAUCGGUGCAGAGAUUGAAGCAAGUCGAUCCAACCGUGUAUCCGAGGAUCACCGCUGCCAGUCAGCUCCCUUCCACCAGCCAGCAGGAGCUCUAGAGUAUGUAGGGUUAAACCGGGUUAAGACACCUCACACACGCCAGACUGCUGAGAGACAUUUUUUACUAAUGGGACCCGACAAAGGCUUGAAUCAGGAGAAGUCUGUUUUGCAACAAGAAAGCAGCAAACUGGUGAAUUUCAGUGACCCAUUCCUGGAUCAAAAAGGCUUUAUAGACACACCUGAUUACAUAAAGCUGCCAACAAAACUACCAGAGUGUCCCCGGGCCCCAGCUGAGGCCGAUUGCUCCUUCAACACAAACAGAUCUGGCAUCAGCCUAAAAGGAGACGUCGGCCUGCCGCAGCAACCCGCCCACCAGACAUCAGAGGGGACAACACCAGAGCGUUACUGCUCAAACAGACCAAUCAACAGAGAGGAUCUGGAAGACCCCUGCUACGUCACCAUGCACAUCCCAGACUCAGUGUAUGUGGGUGAGUACACACAUCCCAACAGUAUAGUUUAAUAUUACUCUGUCAGUGGGGGUGGGGGCUCAGACGGGG